GCUUGUGGAGAACAGCCUGUUUUUAAGACUGAAGUUAAAGUUUAGAUUGAUCAGGAAGAAUAACCCAACAGCAACAAGAGUUUCUAAGUGUGUUAUAUGUUUUAAGAGCUGACUUGUGACAGCUAAUAAAUCAUCUUUGGAUAAGAGGAUUGAGCAAUUUUCCAUAUUCACUGACCAUUUCUACUUUCACUAUAUUAUCACAGAUGGCUGGAUAACUGCAUGGACUGAUUCUGUCUUUCAGAUAUUUUCUGAAACAUUAAAUUAAUUGCAAGACUUUCCAUUUACUGUUGGUCCACAACAAAAGCUUGACAAGGACGGAGUAGAGAAAGUGAACAGAGCAGUUACAGCAAAUGAGACCCUGAAUAAUACAUCUUCCAGAAAAAAAGGAGAAGUGAAUGCAUAACUACAUUAUACCAAAAGAUUGUAUAAGCAUAUUUCAACAAAAACACUGCACAUAUGGCUAAUGUUGGACAUAGAUAUACUGCCUACGUCCUAGCCCUUAGGCCUUGGAGCUUCAGUGCAUCUCUAACAGCUGUAACAUUAGGAACUGCAUUAGCCUACCGGGUGGUCACAACCGUUGAUGUCUUUAUCUUGAUUGUCUGUGCUGUCACUGUAGUAGCUGUCCAUGGUGCUGGCAAUGUGGUCAAUACAUAUUAUGAUUUUCUAAAUGGGAUUGAUGAUAAAAGUAGUGAUGACAAAACACUUGUAGACAGAAUCCUUGAGCCACAGGAUAUGGUCAGAUUUGAAUUUUUUCUAUACAUCCUGGGAUGUUUGUGUUGUAUAGGUUUAUGCCUAUUAUCUCCACUGAAAUCAGAACACUUGGCUUUAAUGUACAUUGGUGGUCUCGCCAGUUCAUUUCUUUACACAGGAGGUAUUGGCUUUAAAUAUUUGGCACUUGGUGACGUCCUCAUCCUACUCACCUUCGGUCCUCUAAUAGUGAUGUUUGCAUAUUCUGUCCAGGUUGGACACAUGUCCAUUACACCACUGCUCUAUGCAAUUCCACUUGUUCUGAACACAGAGGCCAUCUUACACAGCAACAACACCAGAGACAUGGAGUCUGACCGCCAGGCAGGCACUGUCACCCUCUCCAUCCUCAUUGGACCAACUUUCUCUUACAUGUUGUUUGACCUUUUGUUAUUUGUACCAUACAUCAUAUUUUGUAUUUUGGCAUGUAAUUAUGCAGUUAGUAUGGCUUUGCCGCUGUUUUCCUUGCCUAUGGCAUUUUCACUUGAGAGACAGUUUAGAACUCGGAAUUAUGUUAAUAUUCCACAAGAAACUGCCAAGCUUAAUUUAGUACUUGGUCUUUCAUAUAGUUUUGCCAUAAUAUUGUCUCCACCUUUGUCUGAAUUAUAGGAUUAUAUAUUUGAGCAAUUGUUAUUAUUCAAAAUAUUCAGCAAUGUUUGCUUCAGUAGUUUUAUUUCCUGUCUGUCUCCUAAGUUUUAAUCCUAAGUCUUUGCUAGAAUAUGAAUACAGAACAAAAAUUGCAUAACUCAUUUUAUUUCUUAUUAUUACUGAUGCACUGCAAAUUGUAAGGAUGAGGUUUAUAGUUUAUAGUGUAUGUUUCCUGAGAUUUUCCAUUGAAUGUGUAUCUCUAGAUUAGACAGCCAGUCCCUCAUACAAGAAUAGGGCAAUAAGAGAAAAGUGAAGCAGUGAACACCUAUGUUCCUGCAAAAACUUACAUUAAAUUUAUAAUGAGAGGGCUCGCCCCUUAACCAGCUGCCUAUACAAGAAGAGGGCAGACAUGUAGGUGUGAGGAACUGUUCCUGCAAAAACUUACAUUAAAUUUAUAAUGAGAGGUCUCGCCCCUUAACCAGCUGCCUAUAGAAGAAGAGGGCAGACAUGUAGGUGUGAGGAAUUGAACCCAAAAGCUUCUCCUGAUGUUUAAUUAAACAUGGGUAAGGGGUCAGCCACCCUAAAUAGGGCCCAUGCAUGAAUAGGGCAGCCCGAUAAAAGUGAGGCAUUAAACCUGAAAGUUUCUGUUAAUUUACAUAAAACCUGGAAUAGGAUCUAGACCCCUAAACAUUUGAUCCAUGCAAGAACAUGGCACAAGGAUAGAAAUAAGGAACAGAGCUUGAAUACCAUUAUACUCAGCAUCCUACAGACUGCUAAGAGGUGGCCUGUGUCGGGUAUACAAGGCAUCCUCUGACCCAUUACUGAUGGAUUUACUGAACAACAGCAAGUCAAAUGGCAGCAGAAAUCUAGAAAUCUAGAAAUCUCAGUCUAGAAAUCUAAACUUCUGCAACAUCAACAGAACAGUUUGGAGGGGCAUGUAUAUUUGUAGAGGAACCGAUUCCUCAUCUAUUUAAAACAAAGUUCAUCCCUGUUCAUUUUCAAGCACAACUUAGAUGUAUGGAUGUAAAACAGAAAAUUUACCCCAGAGCUUCCCCCUGAACAGUUAAUGGACAGAAGCAACUCCUAAAUACUUUAUCCCAUGCAUGGGUCCCCUCAAAUUAUCCAUGGUAUGAUUCCACUU